AUGGAGAACUAUGAAUACCAAAAUGUUUCUUAUAUUCGUGAUUAUAAACCAGUCAAAAAAACACACCAUGAAGAUCAUUCCUACUUCAAAACACAACCUUUAAAAUCACAAGAUUACAAUGCAUCACCAUCCGUCUAUAAACAUUUUAAAAUGACAGAACAAACAACGGUAUGUCUACAUCAUGACAAAACUGAUAAUUCGCUAAUCACUAGCAAGGACUUAAAAAAAACUGCUAAUGACCAAAUCGAUCAACAACCGAUAAUACCAGAAUACCAAAAUGUUUCUUAUAUUCGUGAUUAUAAACCAGUCAAAAAAACACACCAUGAAGAUCAUUCCUACUUCAAAACACAACCUUUAAAAUCACAAGCCAAUAUGCCAAUCACUAGCAAGGACUUAGAAGAAACUGUUAAUGACCAAACCAAUCGACAACCGAUAAUACCAGCCAAUAUGCCAAUCACUAGCGAGGACUUAGAAGAAACUGUUAAUGACCAAACCAAUCGACAACCGAUAAUACCAGAUUACAAUGCACCACAAACAGCAGUGUGUCUACAUCAUGAUAAAACUGCCAAUAUGCCAAUCACUAGCAAGGACUUAGAAGAAACUGUUAAUGACCGAACCAAUCGACAACCGAUAAUACCAGAUUGCAAUGCACCACCAUCCGUCUAUAAACAUUUUCAAGUGACAGAACAAACAGCAGUGUACAUCAGUGUACAUCAUGAUAAAACUGCCAAUAUGUCAAUCACUAGCAAAGACUUAAAAGAAACUGCUAAUGACCAAACCUGUCAACAACCAAUAGUACCAGAUUUUCCACACUGUAGUGAUGAAGUGACACGUAAAAACUGCACCCGGAAGAAUACUACAAGAAAUAAAACAUUUUCACCAACCUAUCUGAGAAUAACGAAUGAGUUUAAAAAACCUAAAAAACAAUUAAGUAUUGAUAAAAGAGCCAAAACGGCUAGGAAGUUUUCCGAAAAGGAAAACUUUGAGAGAUUGACUAAAAACCUGAAACCCCUUGCGAAAAAAAUGCUAUGGAUGCAAAUAACGCAAAGUUGCCCGUUUUCUAAACGCCAACGCUCCCAAAUAGCACCAACGGCCGCCCUUAAUGAUGAAAUUUUCGCUAAUGCGAAACCUUACUCCGAGGUGCCCGGACCCAAACCGAUUCCAAUUUUGGGCAACACGUGGCGAAUGGUACCAAUAAUUGGACAGUUCGAUAUUUCAGAGUUCGCGAAAGUGACUAAAAUGUUUCUCGAGCAGUAUGGUAGAAUUGUCAGACUGGGGGGUUUGAUCGGACGGCCCGAUCUCCUUUUUGUUUACGAUGCAGAUGAAAUUGAAAGAAUGUACAGACGUGAAGGGCCAACACCAUUCAGACCAGCUAUGCCUUGCCUCGUUAAAUACAAAUCUGAAGUACGGAAAGAUUUCUUUGGUGAGCUGCCAGGUGUUGUUGGAGUACACGGUGAGCAAUGGCGAAGAUUCCGCUCGAAGGUACAAAGACCGAUCCUCCAGCCGCAAACAGUCAAAAAGUACGUUGCACCGAUCGAACUGGUCACUGAAGACUUCAUAAAAUAUAUGAAAGACGCUCGCGAUGAGAACGGCGAUCUGCCGCAUGAAUUUGACAAUGACAUCCAUCGGUGGUCUCUUGAGUGUAUUGGCCGCGUAGCUUUAGACGUUAGGCUGGGAUGUCUAUCGCCCAAAUUAACAAAAGAUUCAGAGCCGCAGCGUAUAAUUGACGCGGCAAAAUUUGCGCUACGGAAUGUUGCCGUAUUGGAGCUGAAGGCGCCAUAUUGGCGCUACUUUCCUACACCCCUCUGGACCAAAUACGUGAAUAAUAUGAAUUUCUUUAUUGAUUUAUGCAGCCGCUAUAUUAAUGAAGCCCUCGAGCGACUUAAAACUAAGAAGGUGACAUCAGAAAAUGAUCUCUCGUUGCUAGAACGUGUGCUGCGGAGUGAAGGAGAUCCGAAGAUUGCGACCAUCAUGGCGCUGGACCUUAUUCUUGUCGGGAUUGAUACGAUUUCAAUGGCGGUAUGUUCAAUCCUGUAUCAAGCGGCAACGAGACUAAAACAGCAAGAGAAAAUGGCGGAAGAAAUUAGAAGAGUGCUGCCGGAUCCAAAUCAACCGCUCACAUAUUCGGAUUUGGAUAAACUACAUUAUACUAAAGCUUUUGUCAGAGAAGUGUUUAGAAUGUACUCAACCGUUAUCGGCAAUGGUAGAACAUUACAAGAAGAUGACGUUAUUUGUGGUUACCACAUUCCUAAAGGAGUUCAAGUGGUGUUCCCAACGAUAGUGACCGGCAAUAUGGAACAGUUUGUAUCUGAUCCGGAUGAGUUUCAGCCGGAAAGAUGGCUGGAAAACGAAGGAAGACUGCACUCCUUUGCAUCAUUGCCGUAUGGCUUCGGGGCGAGGAUCUGUCUCGGUCGGAGAUUCGCUGAUUUGGAAAUACAAGUUUUGUUAGCAAAGUUGCUUCGCCGCUAUCGCCUGGAAUACCACCACGAGCCCCUGGAGUACGCGGUCACGUUCAUGUAUGCACCCGACGGUCCAUUGAGGCUGAGAAUGUUACCGCGAUAG